AUGUACAUGAGGGCAUACCGGGGACACGUUCAAACACGCAGGACGUUACACUCAGCUGCACUGCAGGGCGAGAACGUUCUUACAUGUGAUAACAUUCAUUUGCGUCCUCGGUACGCAGAGGCCUUGAGCAGCCGCCGGUUGAAGCUGCAGCCUUCGUGGACAAUUUGUCAAGGUAUGGAGCCUUUUCUUAACACUUCUCCUUUAAGAAUGCAAGUAAAGCGGUAUGGAAUGGCUUGUUACAUUAAGCUGUCACCGUGCUUGUGGAUGUCGGCACUGCCGCAGUAUGACAGCCAGGUUUCGCCUCGCAGGUCGGGCAUUACGACAACCGAGAUUUUAACAUUGGCAUUAAAACAGCAUUGCACACAGAGCAUGAGCGAGGUGCAAGAUACCUCACCACAGUGCGGGCGGUACAACACUUUCAUCCACUUUGGACCUUGAAAUCAAGAUGUACUGAAUGUUGGCAACACUUCUUCCACGAAAUGACCAACACGGAGGAGGACUUGUUGCAUGGAAGGCAUCUGGCAUCUGGUUACCGUGUGCUUGUGAACAUGUUCAUAGCAAUGCAUUCACGACGACCUGCAGUCAAUGACAGACUAACAACCAUUGCAGCUUCCAUUUUUAUGUAUUCUGCACACAUUGAACUUCUGCCGAAUGGAACAUCUUUGCUUUAGUAGUGAAUAAAGACAAGCAAUUCCUUAGGUGCAGACAGCGAGGAAGUAUUUCCUCAAUCCAAGAUAGCAUUUCAUCACCAAUGUCAGAAUGGAUGACUGCCUACAAAAUAUGACAGAUGCUUCGCGUGGCAGGCGUAGAGUGGUCAAAUUGUCGUGUGUCUGAGCAGCGUCCAGUCCCAGUAUGCAGUAUGCUUCAGCAGUAUGCUUCAUUUUAGGACAUUUCUUUUCACAUGCGAAGCAUUGUGAUGAACGCAUCCUUAUGUAAAUAUUUGUCGGCGGCU